AUGCAUUACUUCAAACACCCAUUACCACCGGCCUUGCUGGACCUCUGGGCCCAGGCUUCCGCCGCAGCUCAUCCAGUAUCGCGAGAGAAGGAGUUGAAGGCAAGCGACGCAAAUAACCUGAAACUAUAUUUACAACCAUUUCCACUGCAAUUCCGCGAGUUUAUCAAGGCUUUCAUGUCUACAGAGGUAUAUACAGUCACUCCAUCAAGAGACCUUGUCAACCUAAUGCAGAUUACAGAAACAGGCCGUGAAAGACGCUGCGGCGAGAUUGCGAGUCAUCAUCGGGUCGCCCAAGAAAGCACCAAGUAUCUUGCUGCUGGAGAGUGGCUGGCUGAAAAUCGAGGAUAA